AUGGCCGACACGGCGUGGCGACUGGCGGCGCAAGAGGACGGAGAGCGAGUACGCAAGUUGCAGACGUCGAUCGCGUCGCUGACUGCAGAAAUCGACGCUGCAGCAGCACAGGUGGACGCGUUGCGCGGAACGCACGGCGGGAGACCGGCGGACAGCACGGCGUGCAUUGCGGCGAGCGAGGGGCUCAUGCGGCUGCUGCUGCGACUCGACGCGCUGACGGACCUCCCGCAGUGGCUGUCGGCGGAUCGCAAGGCGCAGGUGGACCGCAUUCAACACCUCCUGAGGCAGGUCGAUGCUACCUCAAAGUCCGUCGUCCCCACCCCCAACCCCGCUAUAAGCACCUUCAGCAACAGCACAUCCGUGGGGGAGCCGUUUCCUCUAGCGCCCAACAACCCGUUCGCUCCCGAGCCUUCCGCGCUUGCGCAGUCGUUCUCGUCCUUCUCCUUCUCCCACUCGCUCGCCGCUGAGAUAGACUUAGUGGAAGCUCUAGGCCUGAAGCCUAAGCCCUCUCCUGCUGCUGCCGCUCCUGCUCCUGCUGCUGCUGGUGCUGCUGGUGCGGCAUAUGGUGGUAUCGACUUGGCGCUAUCCCCCUCAAUCCACGAUGAACCCUCCGCGCUCUUCCCUUCCUCUCACCACACGACGCCGCUGCCUCCUCCUCCUGGUGCCAGGGCAGCAGCAGCAGCGGCAGCAGCUGCGACGGAAGCAGAGCGACAGGCAGAGGAGAGUGGGAGGAAGGGGUCAGAGGCAGGGAAGGAAGAGAGGGAGAAGCGGCAGCAGCAGAAGGAGCAGGAGGAGAAGCAAGAGCAGGAACUGGGCCCUCGCAAGCUCAGCACCUUCCCCAUGUCUGCUGUGUUCCGUAACCCUCCCCCUGUCGUGCCCACGCCUCCUGCCACUGCUGCUGCUGCUGCCGCUGCCGCUGCGGCUGCUGCUAAAGCUGUUGCUGCUGCUGCUGUUAUGAACUGA